CGACCUCAUGGCAAGAUUGGCCUCCGACGGAACUGGACCCCACUUGUGCGAGCCAUCGACGAACGCUGAACGAAAUGCAGUCGCUUUUGGUCGGAUUCGCCACAACUCUUCUCCUCGCCAUGGCCGUGACGUCAGCUUCCUCUCAAGGACACCUCAGGCCAAAGCGGGACGUGUACUACGACUCCUCCCUGGAUGCCGGCGAAGACUACCUUCUUAACCUCCUCCGGAAUCGAGUCAACCACCCUGGUCUGAGCCCGGCCCUGCUGGAGCAGCAGCAGAAACGGGCCGGUGGACUGCUCGACUUCGGCCUGUCCCGCGGAGCAUCCGGAGCCGAAGCCGCCAAGGCCCGCCUGGGACUCAAGCUAGCCAACGACCCGUACGGACCCGGAAAGCGCUAGGCCUCUCCGUCACAUCUCUCCACCACAAAGACUCCCAAAACCAGCUAAAACAACCGGAGCAGCUAGAGUAGCACCAGCAGCAGAAGCAGCAGCAACAGCAGCAGCGAUAUCAACAGCAGAAGCACUCAAGCCCACGCCAAGUGCCACUUCUCGAGUCUCGGUGCUCGACACAGACAUUGCGUAGUGUCUCUUUUAGAGUUGCCUCAUUUUUUUCUUAAAUUCAAAUUGCAACGAGGCCCUGCUAGAAGAUGCAUUCAGGGCUCCACUCGUUGUCCACGGAUUCGUUGAGGUCGUAAUAGCGUCUGCAGCCUCAGUGCUGCAGUCUUCCUGGUUUCUUGGUGUAUGGGCCAUGCCGAACUUAUGUAACCGUCGAUGAGGCCAUCCGGAUACAACGGGACUGGUGCUUUGCUUCUACCCAAAAUCUCUUGAAUCGCUUAUGCAAGUUCUUGUACAGAGUUCGUUUUGUAGGUGGAAGCUCCAGUCUCUGAAACAGAGCGCCGGUAGGACAGAAAGCGACUGAUCGCAAAAGCAACAUGUCGAAAAUGGUUGCGUCUGAGACCUAUUUUGGCUCUUGAGGUGAUGAAUUUAUGGCUAUUUUUAUUGGCAUACACUGCGUCAUAUAACGAUACACGCCCUUUUGCCAGAAAUAAAGUGUUGCGUUCUCGUUGG